AUGCGAUGCACCUAUUGCCUGGGCCUCAACAUUCAAAAAUUGAUUGAUCAUGCCGAAGUUGAAUUUUCGGGGUGGUACGUCCCCAAGAUUUCCUUCUAUCAGCACUAUCCAUCAAUUCACGAGCUGGAAAAAUCAGCUGAUGAGGGUUGCGACCUUUGCGUACUUAUGAUACACGCCUUCAAAACUUCUAGAACAGAUGAUCACCGGUAUUAUGCUAGAGAGGACAGUGAUCUGCUUAGCGCCAUUAAGGAGUGGGUAGAAACUUCGUCUAUCCGAAUUUCUAUCCAGGCGAACCACAUAUACACUGCCACACCAUUAGAGGAAGCUCAAAUGCUGGACCUGCUCCAGAUCUCAGCUGGUGAAUAUCAGGAGACAAGUUCAGACCCUGAUGAGAGCUAUCUCCAAGAACCGCCAACAGUGUUCUUGCAGUUGUUGACACCUCUAGAUCGCCCAUUGAAACUUGGAAGAUAUGAUAUUGGACGCUUCAAAACAGAUGUAGACCUUGGAUCGGACUCCAAUGUCGCUAUAGCAAAGAAUUGGAUCGAUACGUGCGCACAUCAUCAUCGAGGCUGCCCUUCACCAGAUCCCACAAGCUUUCCAACACGUGUUCUUGAUGUAGGGACAGUCGAAGAUGCGAACUGUAGCCUACUGAUUCCUAAAACCGGGUUCAUUUCGCGAUAUGUAGCAUUGAGCCAUUGCUGGGGUGGCCCUAUUGAAAAUGUCCUACUCAAGAAAACACUAGCUGAGUUCCAGACCGGCAUAGAUUGGGACGAUCUCAAGGCAAAUUUUCAAGAUGCUGUUAUAAUUACCCGAAGUCUCGGACUCAGGUACCUCUGGAUUGAUUCCUUGUGCAUUGUUCAAGAUGAUCGCGAUGAUUGGGCUGUUGAGUCCACAAAAAUGGCCGACCUUUAUCGCAAUGCGUUUGUGACGAUAUCAGCAACGUCAUCACCUGUCAGCAGCCAUGGUAUCUUCCAGACUCCCAUAGAGGUGGAAAACCCAGGUCCACCAGCUGUUGAUAUAUGCCUAUCUAGCGACAAUCGGACUACUGUUUCAGUCGCAGUGUUCAGUCAAGGAGACAAAUCCAAGGUUGAAGAUCUUCGUUGGCUCUAUAUUUACUCACCAUUAUGCAUGCGCGGCUGGUGUCUGCAGGAGUCUGUGCUAUCUCCGAGAAUACUUCACUAUGGUGUCUCUAAGAUCUACUGGAAGUGUUCCCGUGGCUUUCAAUCUGCAGAUGGUGCCCUUCCGGGCAAUUUGUUCCCCGAAAACGAGUUCUAUCCGGCGCUAUCUUCUGUUUUGUACUCAGACCUUGCAAGGGAUGGUGAUUCAUCAACGAUAGUUCCCCUAAACAAAAGGAUGCUCAUGGAUGAGUUCUAUGAACUGGUCAAUCAAUAUACGAAGAGAAAGCUAUCGUACUGGGUGGACAAGUUGCCGGCUUUCUCUGGACUUGCUCAGAAGAUGCACACCGCUAUUGGUGGGACGUACCUCGCCGGUAUAUGGAGUAAAGACAUCAGAAGAGGCCUCUCAUGGCAGAAAGAAAUGACAUGGGCGAAACAUGCGUUGACUUAUCAGGCCCCAUCAUGGUCGUGGGCCACGACUAACGACUUGGUCAAUUUUACUAACCCCGAUUCUUUCGAGGAUGACGAAAAUCUUACCCUUGUAGAAUCGGACGUCCAGUUAGCCAAUGAAAAUAACCCCUACGGCGCUGUGAGGUCUGGUUAUAUUAUUGUCCGUGGCCUUACAAUGGAGCUCUGGCGUACUCUGGGGACGAUCAGCCAGACAGAGCUUGAAUCAACGACAGACUUUGGGUCGGCCCAAUGGGAUGAGCCAAUAUUUCAAGGAGACUCCCACGGACUGACAAUGAGGCAUAUAUGUGAAGUGGUAGAUGCCGAAACAGGAGAGCAGUCAUUUUUUGUGGAGGGGAUUAAUGCUGAAUAUCGUGACAUGCUCGAGGCAACAGUAGCGGGGCUGGACGAUAUUGAGUCGAAGAGCUAUACUGUUCUUUUGCUGAGCAAGGCCAGCCCCACAGAAGAAGAUCAAAGAGAAGGGGGGCAUUGCAUCAUACUAGAAAAGCAGACGGAGGAGAAUGUAUACCGAAGGGUAGGAUUGCUGUCUUUGUCUGGGUACCCUCUCACACGAUUCAAAGGUUGGAAGACCGAGACUUUGAAACUUAUAUGA